AUGAAGCUUCAACUCCAUAUGAUUUGGGGCACUUUUGCACGUUGGCUGCUGCUUUCCCGUAUCUUUGUUGAAGCUGGGAAAUCAUCCAGUGCCCAGGUGCAGGAGCUGCCAAACGAGGCCUCUGAACUUAGCUCAAGACCGGGGGCAACGAUAUUGGACUACAACCUAGCUGCUGGUCUGCUUGAAGAAGCUGUGAGGCUGACCAUCGAUGAGGGAAACAACAUCACAGAGCACCGAAGCACCCUCACUGAGAUAGCCAAAACUCUUGAGAACGCCCCAGGCGGGCUGCGCAACCUGUCAUUGUCUUUGCAUCUCUUCAGAAAAGCAGCAGAACUGGGCGAUCCAAAAGCCCACGGAGAAAUGGGUACAAGAUUCAGCUAUGGGUUGCAGGAUGAAUCCACAGCAGCACCGGGCAAGUUGAUUGGCUUUUCAAAGUCUGACUUGCCUCAGGCACUGCUGCACUACACCUUUGGUGCAUUUGGGAACGAUGCAGUAUCUCAUAUGGCUCUGGGCUACCGCCACAUGACAGGCCAUGGCGCCCCUCAAAGCUGUCCUACUGCUGUGUCUUACUACAAUGCAGCAGCUGAGCGUGUGCUUGAACUUGGCAGGGUUCCUGGGGCCUUGCCACACAUUGAGAAAGUUAGGCUUAGUGUGAGGAGCCUACAGGGGCUCAGGAGUGCGAGAGAGCAGCAGUGGUUGCAGUUCUACCAGAGCAUUGCAGACAUGGGGGAUGUUGAUGCUCAGGCAGCAGUAGGUGAACUGUUUCUGUAUGGGACUCAUGGCCUUGAGAGGGACUAUCAGCAGGCGUUGCAUUACUUCAGGCAAGCAGCAGAUGCUGGCGAUGCUGGUGCAAUGAGCCACUUGGGCCACAUGUAUGCAAAUGGAGUUGGAGUGGAGAGGAACAACGACACGGCAUUAGAGUGGUUCAAGUCGGCCACAGCAAAAAAUCACCCAAAUGGGCACUAUGGCCUUGGCUACAUGUACCUGUCAGGCUAUGGCGUGGAGAAAGAUUUGAAGGUUGCGGCUCAGCAUUUUCAAAAGGCUGCAGAGAUGAAUCACCCGGAGGCUCAAUAUCAUUAUGGGAUGAUGCACCUGCAUGGGUGGGUGCCCCAGUCUCCAACAAGCCCCCAUCAGGCACUACAGCUGUUCCAGGCCGCCGCACAGAGCGGCCACUUGUUUGCAAUGUACAAUUUGGCCAUGAUGUAUCUCUCAGGGAUCGGCAGUGAUCAGCCCAAUUGCCAGCCUGCGCUGCGGCUGCUGAAGCAGGUGGCAGAGAGAGGUGAAUGGUGCCAAGUGUUGCAACAAGGGCACGAUGCAUUUGCCAAGCGCGACACAUCUUUAGCACUCCUGUCAUACUUGCGUGCCGCCCAGAUGGGCUUGGAACUUGGGCAGUCAAAUGCAGCCUGGAUGUUGGAGCACGGUUUGGGUCCGGGUUCCCAGAGGGAGAACAUUCUGUUGGCCCUGGAGCUGUACAAGAGCUCAGCGGAGCAGGACAACAAAGAAGCUCUCUUGUCCAUUGGUGACAUUUAUUAUUAUGGGAGGGGUGUGGAAAAGGAUUGGAGGCAAGCUGCGGCUGUGUAUAGGCAGGCCUUUGAGAAGCGGAAUGCCAGGGCGGCUUUCAAUUUGGGCUACAUGCACCAGUAUGGGGCUGGACUCCCACAGGACUUGCACCUUGCAAAGCGGUUCUAUGACCAUGCUUAUGACUACGAACCAGAUGGGUAUUAUGCGACAAGCCUGGCUGUCCUAUUCUUGAAUGUGCACUCGUGGUGGAACCAAGUGCGGCCGUACAUCCCAGUGAUCUUUCGCUCAAUCGUGGAUCGCCUCUUUAGGCUUGGGCAUGGUAAUGCAGCCUCCGUCCCGACGCCCUGGUGGUCAGGCCACCAUUCAGAACCAGUUGGUAGCAGUGGUGUCAUGGAUGGGAUCAUGAACGCCAUGGAUAUCGAUGCUGUGGGCGAUUUCUUCCAAUACGUGUUUGGCAUUUAUGACAAGGACGAAGUGGGAGAAUUUAUGGAGACCCUUGUGCUGGGUGUGCUUGUUGUGGUGUUCAUGGUGGUGUUCCGACGCAGACACCAGACAAGAGGGAAUGCACAGGCUCGGAACACAGGCAUGGCUAGGCGUGGCAAUGGGGUUGUUGGGGCUCCAAGAGCUGUUGCAAACGAUAUGCCAGCGAUGGUCCCCCAAGCACAAGCCACAGUGAGUACAUCAAGACAGCCGUCAAACCCUGCACAAGGAGUGGAACAGGUUCCAACAGUGCCAGUGGAUUCCUCAAGCAAUCAAGGCACCACUGGCACCAAUCCCACCACAUCAAUGUCCGCACCAGAUGUGGAGGGUGAUUCGAACCCAGGUCAGGAGGCUGCACUGCUGGCGGGCUCAGACCCGAUGCUUGGCAGCCAUGAAGUGGACAGUGGGGCUGCUGGGAGAAGGGAACUCAAAGAACAGCCUGCAGAUGAAUAG